AUGAGAGUAAGCCAGGUAAAUCCGAUCGACAGCCGCAACUUUAUCAAAUUUUCAAUGGCCAUUGCAGACUUUAUUUAUGGCGUGCUUUGCCUACCACAUAUUCUUAUGAAAAAUUAUCUUGUACUUCGGGGCCAUCUUUGUCUUUGGGAAACUGCGGAGAACUGUUUUUUCGCUGUUUUAUUCUUCCUCUCUCGCAUCGUCUCCGUAUUCCUGAUAAUUUCAAUGGUGCUUGAUUCUUAUGUCGCCUGCGUUUCGCCAAACUACUACAAGAAAAAGUUCCGAAGAGAGGACUCCCGGAUCAUUGUCGGACUCAUGUGGGUGUUGUGCUUUAUCAUCAGCAUUUGGCCUUUUAGACACACUCGCUGGCAAUGCCACAUCUACUACGCCCUCACUUCUCCGUUGGUUAUCAACAUCGACCCGCACAUUUGGGCGAACAUGGAUCAGUUCGUCAAACUGCCGUUUAUCUUUUACUUUUGCUUCGUUUUUCUGGUCGUUUUGAUCUUCCCCGUUUUCAUUCGCAACAGAGGAAAGAAACACAUCCAGCUUUCUUCAACAUUCCUUGCCUCAACAGUCCUUUUGAAUACGCCCUGGCUCGUCAUCCUUGCUCAGUACGCGACCAAGACCACAAUGGGCAGCGAUCGAAAAAUCCAUCUGGCUUCAUUUCUCAUUAAUUUAAGCUCCAACAUCUCUAUUCUAAUUUACCACGCUUUCGACGACAAGACAUCGGAGGCGAUUGUAAGUAUAUUUUCGAAAAGGAAAAAUUUCCACCGAAUUCGAAGUUGA